AUGUUACAAUUAGCUGAUCCGUAUUUUGAUAUCCCCUCGCCUAUUGAUAUGUUAUUAAGAGCCGAUAUAUUUUCAAAAAUUAUGACUGGUGACCGUCGAGAUUUAGGAGCAGAUUUGCCAACAGCUUUCGGGUCGAUUUUUGGAUGGCUCUUAAUUGAUAGUGCAGGGCAGAGACAAACCUAUUCUAAUGUGACAUCAUUGACUGUUACUAUUCCAUCGUUAGAGCAGUUAGUUGAAAAAUUUUGGGAAAUUGAAAACGUCAAAUCAGCACAAUUAGAAUUUACAGACAACGAAGCAUGCGAAGUCUUAUUUCAGAAUGAAUACCAGGGAGAUAGUGAUGGUCGGGUUUCAGUACCAUUACCUUUUCAUGUUCAAGUUAAAUCACAUUCAUUUAUAGGAUCUAAACAAGUAACUCUUAAAAGAUUCGAACAUCUCGAAAGGAAAUUUAAAACGAAUGAUAAGCUGUAUGAAUCGUAUAAGACUUUUAUGUCAGAUUAUGAGACUUUGGGACAUAUGAAACGAGCUACUGAGCCGGGUAUUUAUUUUAUACCUCAUCAUGCAGUACGUAUGGACGAUACACCUGAUGGUAAAUUCAGAGUUGUCUAUGAUACUUCGGCUAAAGACAUAACAGGACGUUCUCUAAAUGAUUGUUUGUACAAUGGUCCCAAGUUACAGCAGGAUAUCGUGGAUGUUCUAAUUCGCUUUUGUGUGUACCAGAUAGCUUUUACUAGUGAUAUUAGUAAAAUGUAUCGACAAAUUUUAGUCAACGAAUCAUACCGUAAGUAUCAACAUAUACUUCGGAGGUCGUCUCCUCUACAUGAGCUUUCUGAAUACGAAUUGUGUACUGUCACAUAUGGGAUGGCCAGCGCUCCAUAUAUUGCGCUUCGUUUAAUAAAGCAAAUAGCGGAAUAUGACUAUACAGCGUUUCCUGACGUUUGA